ACUGAUAUUUUGGAGGGAAUUUCGCAAUUGAGCAAAAGAACCUGUGAAGUCUUGAUUUUUCGUGUUUAUCCACUGUAAAUUGGAGUGAUAAAGAUGUACAAGAGCAAGAAGUACCGAGUGGGCACGGGAACCCUCCCAAACACCGCCAAGAAGGCCAAGGAAGCUGAUCAUCCCGACACGCCUGCACCUGGCGUCCUCAGACAAAGGAACAAAUCUCCUGUCGAGGAUUUGGAUGAGGAUAUGCUGGGCAGCCAGUCGUCCAUUCCCUCCAGCCAACCGCAAAGUCAGCGCCGAUAUUUCUCCCAGAGGAGCAACAUGAAUCUCCUGUCACAAAUGGGCGCACCAGCCGCUCCCGGAAGCUCCCGUAUUCCAGACACCUACUACGAGUAUGUCCUGCAGAAGAGCGGCGCCAAGUGUGAUCAUCCGGAAAACUAUCUCAUAGAUUGCGAUCACAUUCAGUUUGUCAACAAGAUCAGAACCACUCUACAGAACAGCGCAGACUAUCCCACAAACAUCAGCAAGUUCGUCAGGGGCUUCAAGAGUGUCGUGGCCAAUGACAAUCUCCUCUCCAAGACGCUGAGCGUCUGUAUUGUCAGCCUUCCCAACAGCAACGGCUUUCCACAGUCCCAGGAGAGCCUCAUGAAGAAUCUCUUGAUGAUAGACUUCCUGCAGGAGGAGCUGAUUUCUGUGCUCCUCGAGCGCAUGCAGGAGCUGGCCCAGAAGGCUUCUGGAUGCGAAAUGACCGCCUGCAUCCUCGUAAUGAGCCUCUCUCAGCUGAAGUUCAUCAACAAAAGCAAGCACGGACAGAUGGUGUUCGGGAAGAUCACAUCUAUACUCGAGUCCUCACCGAUGGAUGUGAAGCAAAUCAUCAUAAGACACUUGGAUGACGUGAUUGAGGCGAAGAAGCACAGCGCGAUUAUCCGGAAACUGAUGGAAAUGCUCUCUGAGGACGAAGAUUUACUCAACGAUUCCACUUUGGAUGCAUUUGGCAACAUGAAUCUCUCUUCGGUUCUUCUGGACGAACUUAAAGAGAGGGUCUUUCAGUACAUUGAUCGCGGAGCGCCCACAAGUCUCUAUCCACGAUUCACGAAGCUUCUGCUGAAGUACAAUGAGGAAAACUGCCUGCCCGAACUGAUCGCCAACAUUCGAUCGCAUCUAAAGUGGGGAAAAGCGAGCCGCAAAGAGUUGAGUGAGAGUCACAAGAACGUCUUCAGUCUCAUUAAAAUCUCCCUCAUGAAGUCCUCCAAGCUCAGUGAUCUUUGGAUCAAGUCCAUCAAGAGUUCCUCCACGCCGGAGGAUCACUUUCCAUUGGACUUUGUGAUCCUGGUGACAAUUAUGGAGGCAAAUGAUGACAAGAGUGCUGCGAUUGAGUCUCUGAUGCGCAAGAAAUUCACAGAGGAGCUCUUCACGAGGCGCUUUCUCAGAGAUGUUGUGCUGCAAUUCCCGGACUUUGUCGUGGAGAAUUUGGGCAUUUUCCUGGAGAUUGCCGAUCACUUGUUUCGCAGCAAGGGUAAAAUCUGGGAGAUUGGGAAACUGGCCUUCAAGUUUGCCUUCGGAAUAGACGCAUGCAAUCGCAAAGUGAUCCUCUCCAGGCUCGUGGGCUUGGUGUGCGAGAAGACCGAUCCGGAAGUGAAGACGAGGGCCUUGAUGAUGCUCAGUGAGAUUCGCGGGAAGUACUUCACGGAGUUGCAGAAUAAUGGGAUGCAGUUGCUGAUGAUUCAGGAGAAUAUUGGCGAUAUUGGGCUGAUGCAGUAUCGCAUCCUGAUGGACAUUCUCUGUUCCAUUGCCUAUCCAAUGCCGCCGAGCACGGCUCCGGAGGAGUUGGUGCAUGAGAUUGACAUGCUGGUGAAGAAGCAGCUGGCCAACUGCAGCAUCUCGGUCAUCCGGCUGGGAAUUGUCGGGGCUGUAAAGACAAUUGGGCAGUUGGUGUGGCACGCGACGGAGGAGGAAGCUGCGCAGGGAUUCGAUGCCAACACCACCAUUCAAUCCGUAAAGGAUUUUCCCGAGGGACCCAUUCAGGAUGCGGCAGUGCUCUUCGAAAUGAUGAUCAAGGUGGUGACAUCGGGAAACUGCGCUGACUCUCUGGCUAUGUGCUACGACGAGUUGGCGCUGAUCUUCUCGAAUCGACGUAAUGCCAGCGACAGUAAGAGAUUCCCCAACAAGAAGUACAUGAACUGGCUCUCUGAGUCCCUCGUGGACAACUUCACCAAGUACUUCACCAUCGAAGGCAUGCCAGACUGUCGCGCGCUGGAAUUCAUGCAGAAGUACUGCCUGAUUAGCGAAGAGGAGAACGCUAGCAUGUCCAUCAACAUUGGCCAGCUGACCAUAAUGCCGCCCAAGCAGCUGGAAUCCUCCAUCACAGUUCUCUGUCCGCUGUUCAAUCUGCUGCGCAUUCUGCAAUUCCGUCUGGACAACGGCAGUCUGGAGACACUCUAUGGACUCUGUGGAUUCGGCGUGAUUCUGCCUGAACACGUGGGAUCGCUCGAAGAUCUCGAUCUCUUCGACAAUGAUUAUGACAACAGUACGAGCUUGAGUAUCCUGGACAUGUACUUCCACACCGCCAAUUGGUUCCGCGAGCUCAUUGGAUCCUUCGCGUCGCAACAAGUGCCGCAGAUACGACAGCAGAUCCUCAUCAGACUGACGGAGUUGAUUAAGAUUGAGGGACACAUCCGGAGACUGCUGAAAGUCGCUCCGACCACUUAUGUCACCCCCAAUUCCACCUUCAUCGCCACUCAAGAGCGAUAUCAGGAGCACGUCUUCAAGAAGCCCGCAAUUCCCAGAUCAAUCGCCGGUCCAUCGAAGAAGGCUGGCCAGAAGAGGAGUGCCGACAACACGACCAGUCAAUUGAUCUUGUCCGGCGCCUCAAAGACUCAGGACACCUCGGUGUCGAGAAUGCGUUCUGAUCAGAAGCCCCUGGACUUCGCCAUGUCGUACGGCCCACGGGAGAGUUACAGACAGAUGGACUUGGACAUUGUGCUGCUGUUGGAGAAUCAGUUUCUCACCGAACACAACCUGACCGAGGAGAGAAUUGGCUGCUGCAUUGGACUGCAAGAGUACAAGUUCAUUGUAGAGGAUUUGGUGCUCAAGCUGGAGUCUUUUGUGGGACUGAGAAAGACUCAGUGUCACCAUUUGCAGAUCAUCAUCUCGCCGGACGCUCUCAUUCAUGACGUCGUGGCGAUGCUGCCGCAGAUUCAGCAGCACUUUUCGGAAAUUGUCAAGGAGAUGCAAGGCGCCCAUGAGGCGGCCGAGGAAAUCCUGGAGAGUCAUCAUCUCUACACAAUCAACGUGAACUCCCUGAAAACGUGCUUCGCCACUACACUGCGUCUCUAUGCGACGCUCUUCUCUUGGACGGGAUUCGCUGAGAACGCAGAGCUUCUGCAGCGAGGCCUCCAGGUGAUUGCCGAGAGUGCUGAGACAGAUGUGCAGCUCCUGGCCUCAGCGGCGAUUCAGAAUGUGCUGAAGCGGGAGAAAUUGGCACUGGAGAUCAGCAGUGCGCUGUACAUGGUGUACCUCGUGGACACACUGACGAAGAUUGCGGAGAAUCGAGAGGAGGAUCAGGAGAUUCUCACGCGUCUCCAUUUGAACUUCCUCUCCAAGCGCUGGUACACUUGCACAGGCGCCAUUGAGAAGGGCAGUCAGUUCAAUGUCUUCCUGGCGGAACUGCUGAAGGGUGUUUUCCGACUGACGGACUUCAAGCAACUGAUCAAGCAGAUUGAAUGGAUCCAGCAGGAAAUUCCUCUGCUCAAGAGACGCGAUGACACACUCAAGACAUUCCCCGGAUUCACCAAGAACAACUUCACGCAUCUCUUUCGCGCUCUCUGCACAUCUCUCGUGGAUGUCCUCAAUAGGAAGCUGUGCGAGAAACUGUCCGACAGUGGGAAUCUCAAGAUGUGGGAGUCUGUGAUGCAGGUGCUGGAUUCGCUGCGUGGAAUCGUGAAGGAGAUCAACUUGGCGGGCAACAAUUUGGUGUUCAUGAAGAAUGCCAACACGAUUCUCAAGCUUUUCCUUCAGCACGGCAUUCCGCUGGUGGAGAAUUGCCUGACGAAGCGCCAGGAUCAGGUGAUGAACAUCAUCAAAGAUCUCCAGGACACAACGAGGUUCUGCAAUUCGCUCUGCUGCACCUCCAAACUCACCAAUCAUGCCGCCCUGGCGGGACAGAUUCCACUCGUGCGCGAGACUCUGGAGAAGCUGGUGUUCCACGUGAAGAGAGUCCUCACCAUUAAUCACUGCUCUUCGGCCUUCUGGGUAGGCGUCUUGCGCAACAAAGACGUCCACGGCGAGGUGAUUCGCCGCAAGGAGCGUCCGUUUGAUGACAGUGACUCAGACAGGACGGAUGACAUCUUGCCGGAGGAUGAGGAGAUGUCGGAAAUGUCGGAGCUUGCUGAGGAGGACGGCGACUCUACAAAUUUCUCUGAUGCUUCUAAUUCAAGGAGUCGUUUAUUGUAGACGUGGUUGUAUCCCUUCACGCUCUCGGCACACUCGUACCAGCGACUCUCUUCAGUCUUCUGCGUUGCGUUUCGGCGGAACAAAUCCGCG